ACUAGUGAAUUUGCAAAGGAAGUAAACAGCCUUCGAGAGACGCGUUCCUUCGCCUUAUCUCCAGCGAUGCACGCGCGCAACUGUGCAGGGCUAUCCACGGUAUCUCCGUCUCAAGCUGUUUAGAAGCAGAAGCGAGAAAACAAACGCGUGGAGCAGGUUGUGCAGUAGUUAUGCGAAAGAACAGACGACGCAGGUUACUUUCUAAAAGGAGAAAAUGUUAAAUGAAAAACUUGUUGGGCUGGUGAUAUGCUCGGUAAUAUUUUGUGUCCUGAAGGAGUCCUCGGCUCAAGGUGCGCACGAUCUGGAAACUAAAGUGUCCCUGCUACUCCGUGAAGAGCCAGAGAACCCAAAAUGCUUUGCUGAGAGCUGGCGAGACCUGACCUGCUUCUGGGAGGAGGACGAGGAGACAGCAGGAUCACCUGACCAGUACACUUUCACCUACACAUACCUGAAGGAGAACAGCAACGCGUGUAAUGUAACCUCCCUGCCACUAGUGGGCGGGAAGCGGUUGUAUCUCUGCCGUCUGUCCAAGACCCAGGUCUUCGUCUCCCUGGACGUCCAAGUGCGGCGCGAUGGCCAGCUCCUCCACAACCGCAGCCUCUUCAUGGACCUCGUCUUCCUGCUGGACCCCCCAGCCAACCUGACCGUAAGCAGCACAGACCAGCAGGGUCAGCUGCGAGUGAGCUGGCAGCCCCCCCUCCUCAAAUACAUCAAAGGCAACAUGAUGUACGAGGUCAGCUACGUCCCGGAGGGCAGCCACGUGGGAAAGGUCCAGGUGGAGGAGGUGCUAGCCAGCUCAGAGCUGGUCCUGAGGGAUCUGCAGCCCGGGACCAGGUACCAGGUCAGCGUGCGGGUCAAACUGGAUGGGGUCAGCUACAGCGGCUACUGGAGUGCCUGGGCUGCGCCGGUGUUUACGGAAACCCUCCCAUCAGUCCUGGAUCCUCUCAUUUUGUCCCUGAGCAUCAUCAUCUCAGUCAUCCUCACCCUGCUGUCUCUAACUGUGCUUCUGUACUAUCGCAGGUUUCUGUUAAAGAAGGUAUGGCCUGUCAUUCCCACCCCUGACAGCAAGUUCCAAGGCCUCUUCACAGAUUAUGGUGGUGACUUUAAGGAAUGGCUGGGCCACAGCGACAGAGGCAUGUGGCUGACGCCAGCUUUCUUCCACUCUGAUGACCUUCCUGCCCCAGUGGAGGUCCUCUCAGAGGUCAGCCUGGGUCCCCCCUUACCCACCUCCACCCCGCACCCCAAGGCCUCUGCAGCUCUGGUGGAGGGCAGAGAUGAGGAAGGAGGGGAAGAGGAGGACGACAAGAGGCUGGCCUCGGAGAUGAUGGAGGAAGCCUGGAGGGAGUCCAAGAACGACCAGUGGCUGAUCGAGCAGCUACGAGCCUUCCACCAGCACCCAACACCCCGCUCCCAGUCCUCCCUGCUGGAGUCUCAGGACACCUACGUCACCCUCAACACCCGCCACCCCAGUGGUAGCACCGACGAGCCCCUGAACGACAUCCUGGAGGAGACCCUGCCCCUGGAGAUCCUCUUCGCCUCCGGGAGAUCGUCCUCCGAGUCCCGCUCUGACCUGGGCUCCUUGCGGCAGAGCUCCGGGUCGGGGCAGCUCUCCUCCCAGUCCAGCUUCGAGUACUUCAACCACACCUGGCCGCCCAAGGGCCCAGGGUACACCUACAUGGGGGUGGCGGACUCCGGCAUCUCCAUGGACUACAGCCCCAUGAGCUCCAGUCGGAUAGACUUCCUGGGAAAGAGUCCGGUUUACGCCAACGAGUACAAGAACCAGAUCCCAGCAGCACACAGAAGAGCAAUAGUCUACUGAUGGGGAAACUUAACUUGCGCACUUCAGCACUUCACACUUCAUGCCUACUGGCACAUACAGCGGACACGCUGGCAGUCCAAGGCCUGUUUGGCAACCAGGCCUCUUCACUGGAGCCAAGCCUGACUAGGGAAGGCGUUGAUGGGGCACUAUGGCUUGAGGGAGUCAUGGUGCAGUUGCUAGCUGGCACACCAGAGGAAGCAGUGUGCGUCUCUCUAGAGGGAUGGUACAGGAUGACGCUACAUAUUUAGACUUUCUGUCUUCCCCCCUUAGGCUGUGUGCAGCAUCCAGAAGGUUCUAUGAGUCUCCUAAGUAUUGCAUGUUGAAGCGUAUGUUUUAACCAUAAGCUAAAGGGCUGUGGUGAAGAGAGCGUGAAAUAUUACCACUAGCUCAUUCUCACUUGGAUAAAAUGGGUUUUAAUGUAUUCCUGUGAAAGCAUGGCAGCUGUUUGUUUUUUUUAUUACUGAAACACUGAAUUUGAAUCACUAAAUGAAAUGUAUUGUAAAAACAUUAUAGGCCUAUCCCAUAUAUACACUAGGUAAAAUCAUAAGGUUAUUUUCUAUAUUUUAACAACAAAAAGGUCACACUUAUUUUUUUAUAGUGUAUUGUCCUAUAUAGCCAUGUCCUUAACCGCAAAUCUCUGCAUUAGGUAGAUCAUGCAGAGAAGUGGUUACAUAUGUUAGAUCUGUGUUACUUCUCAGUAAACAAUCAGCUUUA